AUGUCGUCCUCCGACGAACCCUCCAAGGCCGUGGUCGAGAAAGUCGACCAAUCUUUUAAGGAGAGCAGUCGCAAGUUCGAUGCUAAGGAUAAGAGCGAGUACUACGACCCUUGCCAAGAAUUUGCGCAAAAGAGCAUCAAAUGUCUGCACCGCAACGGUGGUGACAGAUCCAUGUGCGGCGACUACUUCCAAGCCUACAGAGACUGCAAGAAGGCAUGGUUUGACAAGAAGAAGGAAGAGCGCAAGAAGAAUGGCGCCUGGUUUUGA